UAUCUUCUGUGUGAAACACAGAGAUUACACGCUCAGUAUCAUUUUUAAAGUUUCUUCCGCAGAAAAAUUAGUACUUUAAUCCACUCAAAUACUGAACAGAAUCCCCGAGAUUCCCCGCUGUCCUUGAAAAGGCUCCAGAAAUGGCAGAAAACACAGUUGAUUCACGGCCGAAGAUGUCCUCUCUUUUUCAUUCAAAAUCAGAACAAAAUGAGUCGAAGCACGACAGCUCAUCAUCUCCGGGCGUGACGGAUCAGGAGAAAGAAGUGGCAGCGAGCGCCUACGACUCGUUCUCGGCGGGGAAGUACGAAGAGUCUCUGAAACAGCUGGAAGCCCUGCAGGAGCUGAACAAAGAGGACUACAAGAUCGCCCUGAACAGAGCCGUGGUGGAGUUCUAUAAGAGCGGUCAGACCACCACAGGGACUCUGAAACAGACUCUGCUGGCCAUGAAGAACCAGGUUCACACGUCGGCAGAGGACGUGGACGGGCUGGACGACGUGGAGAACAGUCUGCUGUACUACAACCAGGCCAUCAUCCACUUUCACAUGAGACAGUACUCUGAGGCCAUCUCCAUAGGGGAGAGGCUCUACCAGUUCCUGGAACCAUUUGAGAAGUUUGCUCAGGCGGUGUGCUUCCUGCUCGUGGAUCUGUACCUGCUCACCUUCCAGCCGGAGAAAGCGCUCCACCUGCUGGCAGUGCUCGACAAACUGUCCGUACAGGGGAGCAGCAAGAACGGCAAAGGAGAGAACAAUUCAAACAAAGAUGGAGCCAAUCAGAAAGCAGAGUUCACAGCCAUGAUCGAGGCAGCCAAAUCAAAGAUGCAUCAGUACAAAGUGAGAGCCUACAUUCAGAUGAAAUCCUCCAAAGCCUGCAAGAGGGAGAUCAAAUCAGUCAUGAACACAGCAGGGAAUUCUGCCCCCUCGCUCUUCCUCAAGAGUAACUUUGAGUACCUGAGAGGAAAUUACCGUAAAGCAGUGAAGCUGCUGAACAGCUCCAACAUCGCAGAGCAUCCAGGACCCAUAAAGACAGGUGAAUGUGUUCGAUGUAUGUUCUGGAACAAUCUGGGCUGCAUUCACUUUGCGAUGGGGAAACACAACCUGGGCAUUUUCUACUUCAAGAAGGCGCUGCAAGAGAACGACCACACCUGUGCACAGCUGGGAGACGGAGGCAACGGGCAAUCCAAGAAGUUCACAGGUAUCCCAAUGUGUGCGCUGCUAGCUAACAAACGCUACGAGCUGCUGUAUAACUGCGGCAUCCAGUUGCUGCACAUCGGCCGGCCUCUAGCAGCGUUCGAGUGUCUGAUGGAGGCCGUGCAGGUUUAUCACUCCAAUCCUCGACUGUGGCUGCGGCUCGCAGAGUGCUGCAUCUCUGCCAACAAGGGGGGCUCCGAGCAGGAGAGUAAAGGGUUACCGUGCAAAAAAGGAAUCGUUCAGUCCAUCGUCGGGCAGGGCUACCAUCGCAAGAUCGUCCUGGCAUCCCAAACGACUCAGAACACCAUCUACAGUGAGGGUCAGUCAGCAGCCAUCCCCGUAGCCAGUAUGGAGUUUGCAGCGAUCUGUCUGAGGAACGCUCUGCUGCUGCUGCCCGAACAUCAGACGCAGGACGCCAAGACAGAGAACGGCUCCAAGAACUCCAGCCAAUCAGGGAGCACGGAGAGCGGCAGUGAGAACAGCGACGCCUGCAGUGGAAAAGGUCAAGAGACAGACAAGUUUCUGUCUGCAGCUCCGUCGUCUCCUCUCAGGAAACAGGAGGUCGAGAACCUACGGUGCUCCAUCCUGGCCUGUAGCACCUACGUCGCGUUAGCGCUCGGAGACAACCUGAUGGCUCUGAACCACGCCGAGAAGCUGCUCCAUCAGACGAAGGUGUCCGGGUCUCUGAAGUUCCUGGGUCACCUGUACGCCGCUGAAGCCCUCAUCUCAUUGGACAGGAUCUCUGAUGCCAUCUCCCACCUGAACCCAGAAAACGUCAGCGAUGUGUCGAUGGGGGUCCUGGCCAGCGAGCAGGACCAAGGGUCGGACAAAGGAGACGAGGCCGUCGAGUCCCCAGGGAAGCAGACCCCUCUGUGUUACCCCAGCAGUGUGACGUCAGCCCGGGCCAUGAUGCUCUUCAACCUGGGCAGCGCCUACUGUCUGAGGAGCGAGUAUGAAAAGGCCCGCAAGUGCCUACAUCAGGCUGCAUCGAUGGUGAACACUAAAGAGAUUCCACCUGAAGCCAUCCUGCUGGGAGUCUACCUAGAGCUACAGAACGGAAACACCCAGCUGGCUCUGCAGAUCAUAAAGAGGAACCAACUGCUGCCCUCAGCGGUUCAAAGGGUCUCUCCAGACUCCAGGAAGAAACCGGUGCAGCCACUUCAGACCGUCCAGCCCAUCCAGCUGCCCUCCUCCUUCACACAGGUGCAACGCAAAUAAACCUCUAAAACCGCCCCCCCCUCUGACCCCCCUGCCCCCCUCUCCCUCACACACACACACCUGCCCCCCCAGGAGUGAUAUUUAUGAAGCUGCUUCCCUCAGAGUCGGCAGUCGUAUGAAAUGCUGAUUGGCCGCUGACUGACGAGCCGCGGCGGCGUCAUGGACUGAGAGCCGCUGACUUUUUAUUUCCUCUGACUUGAGGUGUGACGUCUGUAUGAAAAUAAAUUUUAUUUACUGUAUGAAACACGUUGACUCUUGACUGUGUGUUUGACACAAGAAGCAAUCUGAAGACCUCCCCCUCUGGACUCUGGGAAAAACUGAGGAGCCGUUUAUUUUUCUUUUUACAUUUCAUACACUAAAAGUUUAUCCAUUCAUCGGCUGACUGUACAUAAAGAUGGACGACCUGUCUCCACCUUCUCCCUGUUGCACAAAGAUGAAGCCAAAAUACCCCAAACGGGUGCUGAGUCACAGUGUUGAUGUCCCGUCCCUUCCUGCAACCAAAACAAACGUUUUAACUUCCUGAUAAAAUGUCAAAAGAUCCCUCAGGUGGGUUCAGUGCAGAGCAGAACAGAGUCUCCUGAUGGUGUGAAGCGGACACUCUCCCAGAACUUUCACCAGAGACAGGAAUUCCCGUGGUAAUUUUACACAUUCACUCGCGACAGGGCAGGUUAAUACGAUGUGGUAUAAAACUAUUUAAAACACAAACACACAAAGACAUAAAGUUCAGAACUGUCCAAACGGAGUGUUUUAUUUUGAAAAGACUACACAUCUGAUGGAAGUUGGCCGUCACACUUUACUAAAGUUAAGUUCCUCUUGUGUUAGUGUUUGUUACGUUUGGAAAAAAAAUGUAGUCUGUGUAUUCAAAUUUUAUUUUGUUUAUGACUCAUCUGUCGGUGAGGAGGAGGAGGAGGGGCUUAUGACCCUAUACUACAGCCAGUCAGUGGGUGGAGCUCCAAAUGUUUUGGCUUCACUUAAAGGGAGACGUUGUGUUGUUUAUCUUCUUAUACAGUCUGUGGCUUCAUCAUAAAAAUCAUCUUUGCAUCCCUGACAAUAUGACAAGAUUAUUUUCUUUUAUCAGUUUUGAUUACAAUUUAAAUUAAAUUACUGAUAUGGGAAAUCA